GAUGUGUUGAAAAUGGAAGUUCCUUCGGAUCAGUAGCACCCUGCCAGACAAGAGCUAGACACUUCCUUUUUUUCCUGACGGUUAGCCAUCUCCUUCUGCUGUCGCGGCACGCUCGUCACACUCUGUCUUUUUUGAUGCAGCGUCUACCAAUAUGCUACGUCUUGCGGGCGUCGCCCGCGACACCUAGCUAAGCUGUUCGUUGGAUAAGCAGUCACCUGCUUACUAUUUUCCUGUUUAGUUUCUUUGUUGUACCAUCUCCGUCUCCUAGACGCUUUUAGCGGUGCGCGCCGCAGCCCCAUAUUAUCUCCUAUACUGAAUGCCUGGCCUCCCAACUCUGACAUGGAACGUGUGCCCAGAUCGAUGCUGCUCAGCAGAAAAACGUAUUACCUUCACUUUCUUUGGAAGGAGGUCUCGUUCUUUCUUCGCGGUGUUACCCAUUUUUUUCGUGUCCUAUUGGGAUCCCUCUUUGAGGGAGUGCAACAAUCUUCGCAGUGCGCAGACUUCGCCUUUCCUUUGACGUGGACGUAAAUGGCGCCUGAACUUGAGGUUCGCACACACUCAAUUACCUUUUCUACUCAAAAAACUCUCCAGUCUCAAAAGGUCCCAGAGGGUGACCGUUAUUUACCACGCUCAGGCGUCGAGAGUGACUGGGAAUGCGGGAAGCAAGUACGCAGUUCCAAAUGUGAGCGGAACCGCUAACAGGGGCCGCGAACAAUGAGCCUUCGGUGAUUUCAGCUCAUCGUUUCCGUACCCACAGCGGAUUUACAAGGAGCGAUUCCCCCGUGUCCGUUCCCUCUUAUUACUAUUCUGUACGUCCAAGACGGCGCGCGUGCAAGAGGUGUCUGUGUGGAGUCUAGGUGUGUACAGGACCUAACAGUUCGAACUGGGAGGCAGAAACCGUCACAUCUCUCGAAACUUUUCCUACGCGCAUGCUUUUCAACUCUUUCGGGUGCAAGCCUGGACAUAGUUGGGGACGAGUCCGCGUGUCAGACGAAAACGAGGAACGAAUGAAUGGAGAGUGAAGAACAGCUGAGGUGCCGCCCACCCCCUGGGGGCGAGCCGCCUGCGAAGGUGGCCGACGUCAGAGUGUCUGGAGACUGCGCGAGCAUCUCUUCGCCCUGUUCUCUAGAGAUUUCCUAUGAACUUCUUCUUUUCUCGCUUCAGUCAUGCACGGAUCCUGGCAUUCAGACGCGACAAGAGAAGCUGGCGGCAACUACGGCAGCUGUGCGCGAAUCGCUCGAGGCCAGUCUGCAAGAUCGUUUGCCUGCCGCCCUCACCGGAGGCCUGAAGGAAGGCCCUAAAAAAGGCGGAGAGGUCCGGGAAGCCGUGAGUAGCCAGCCGUCGAUCUCUGCGUCUCAAAUCCCUCCUCCUCAAGUGGCCUCUGCUGCUCUCGCUGUUUCUCUGCCGAUCUACGGCGGCGCGGUGGAUCCUUGCAGUCGCGGUGGAGGAAGCGGCGGGAAGGCGUCCGAGAGGCAGCCCGCUUUCUCGUGCCUCGUGAAGACCCUUCCCUCGCCGUCGGCCUUUUCUCCCCGUUCCCAGUAUCCCUGGGUGCCCAGUCCAGCCGCGUCGCAUGCAGACAAGGAUGCGUGUCGCCAGUCUCUUACGGUGAGGUAUUUGCUUCCGGUGUCCGCGCCGGAGAGCGGAGACCCCGGUGGAGAGAGACAGCGAGAAGAAAGGGAAAACAGUGGUGAAGGCAGUUCUUCGAGAGUUGCUCGGGGCUCUGCCUUCCUUGGAAGGAAGCAAAAGAGUGUUCUGCGACUCAAAAACCAGGUCGUCAGUGGAGUCCACUGUCGCCUGCACUGGAGUAUAGACACCGACCGCCUCGUGGCGUUGACGGAAGCCGUCCUUGCUGCCUCCAAGUGCGCAAGUGGAGGCAGCGGGACUCUGCCUCUUGCCUCAGCCGUCUCGUGCCACGAAACGGUUGGGUCGGAUGCGAAGAAUAGCCAGCAACAUACCGCGUUCCCCUGUCCUUCCGGGGGUGCGCCUUUUGCGGGAGGCUCCCAGCAAAGCGGCGCCGCGGACCGUGGAGGGGCUCCGAGGCAUGCGUGGGGUCACUUUCUCGUUUUCGACGCCGAGGAUUCAGACCUCCUCGGCACAGAGCAGCUCGGCCCGCCGACCGCAGGGGACCAGAGCGACAGCCAGGCGCCUGCUGCGUCGUGUUUCGGCUCUUCGGCCCUGCCUGGCACCGCCGCCAUUUUGCGUCCACAGUCGGAUCCACGGGUCGCCGCGUUCUGGCGUCCUCAGCUGACGAGUCUGCUGACGCGGACGAACCUGGCCCAAGCAAUGGUUUCGCUUGCCGCGGAGGGAAGGAAACGACGUGAGGACACAGGCGCAACGGAUGAGGGGCGUUCGCCAUCCGAAGGCGAAGAGCAGCUGAGCGUCGCGGCGGUUCUAGACACUGUGGAGAAAUUCCCGUUUGUCGAGCUCCAAGUGGCAGAUGAGUCGACGAACGGGACCUGGAUCGGCGGCAAGAAACUUCAGAAACAACAGGGCGCUUCAGUGUGGCCAGGCAAGGCCACCCUCGCCCUGAGCAAGCAGUAUGUUCCCUCCGAGCAACCAGUCGCAGCGUUUCGAUGGGCCCUGUCGAUUAAAUGGCGUCGAAUUCAGCCAUCCACUUCUCUUCUCUCUCCGUCGUCUUCUUCCUCGGCUUCUCUCUCUUCGGCUCGGUCUGCUGGGUGCAGUCCCGCGGUGGUGGAGCCGAUGGGGGGAUGCCCUGGGGGCAGUCCCGCUUUCUCUCUGUCCUCGCGGACCGACAAGCACGGGGAAUCGCCGCUGGGGUACCCUCCUUCUGUCAGUUCGACGUCUGCCUUCGAUCCGAAGGGGAACAGUGCGCAGGUGUUGCUUUCCAGAGACGAGCGCGCGACUUCCAGAGGACAGGAGCGUCCAGACUGCGCCGCUAUGGAGGCGGAGCGGAUGCAACUUCGAGCUCGCUCUGAGGGUCCGACUGCUCAGAAGAUGAAGGAGCCUCAUCUGUCUUCACUCCCGAACAGGGUAGAACCCGAUGCUCGAGGGGCGUCGGCCUCGUGUGCCCCGGGUGGCAGUGUCGCGUCCACAGGGACGGUCGAGUUUCAGAUUCAGCGAGCGCAGACGAGAGGACCUGAUAGAGAGAGGGAGAGCGAGAGGGAAAACUGCGUUGUCAACGGGCCGUUCGAAGCUAACCAAAAGAAGGACCAGGACCCCCGAGGCACUCAAGAGGGACAAGAGGUAAGCGGCAAUCUGUCGCUUCGGCCGAACAGUGUAACAUGUUCCUCUCUCCUGGCAACCUCCGCUGAGCUUCUCGAUCUCCAGUUUCCCUCGGAAGACCCUCCCCAGGGGUCGUCUCGUUCGCAGUCGUCCUCGAUGGCAGCUGCUCCCGUUUCGGCAUCCGCCGCUUCCGCCUCUGCUCAGGCUCUCCGUCGCCCUGCGCAUGCAUCCGCUGUGUCGUUGUCUGCGCCGACGCGCGCCCGUGAAGGCGAGUGCGGGACUGAGGAGAGAGAGAAGAAGAAGAUGCGCCUCGUAGGUGAGGCAGAAGAAACACGAGACAGAGACAGGCUUUGUUCGACGCCUUGCGAGAGCUGGUCGAACGACAUCGGUUGCUCGACCCGUGAGAGCGGCCGAGAGAAGGGCGCCGGCCGACUCGCGCAGCAGUUGCAGAAACUCGUGAAAGAAAAGCGAGAGCUCGAGGACGAGAUUCAACAGCUCUUGGUUGAAAACGAGGAACUGAGAAACACGGAACAACAGAGGCAGGAGGAAUUCACGACGCUGGACCGAUCCCUACAAGAAGCCAGAGAGAAGUGGAAAGCUGCUGACGCGACUAUCGGGACCUUAGAGGAACGCGCUGCCCAGCGCGAAGCCGAGAUCGAAGCUCUAAGAGCGACGGCUCGACAGCAGGAGGAACGGCAGCAGUGUCGUGAGAGAGAGUGGCUAGAAGAGGCGAAGCGUUUGCGAGCGGCAGCCGCGGCACUUGAGGAGGAGAAGGCAGACCUGCAGGACACUCUGGAGGAACACAAAAGGGUCCUGGCCAGAUACACCUCGAUCUGUGCAGCUGUGAGAGAGCAGCUCCGCGAUCUUUCGCCGCGCCGCUCUGGACCGUUUCAGAUCCAGAGGCGUUCUGCGCCCGGCAAUUUGCCCCCGCUCGCUCCUUCGUUCUCUUCGCCACCUACUGGUUCUCGUCCUUUGGCUUCCUCGUCUUCUCCCGUCCCCCGUACAUCAGCUGAAUCGACAGGGCGUGCUGCGGAGCCCUCCAGUGGCGCAGGACCGGCGCAGCCACUCACCGCGGCGACCCGGAAGGGAGCGGAAAACAUCCUCCGCUCCAACGACGAAGGAAGUAGGCGAGGUGUGGAGAGGACCGAGGACGACGCCUUUCAGUCUCAGGACCGAGCGAGUCUCGAAGAUCUGCUGGAGGACCCUCCAGGCCCACUCACGCUCCUCUCGCCGUCGAGGGCGCGACCAGAACAGGCGGCGUGUCUACGCUCCACAGAGAAGUCCCCUGCUGACUGGCCUGUCUUGUCUGCGAAUUCCUCUAGCGAGUGCCUGCUGAGACGCGGAGAGCCGUGCGCUGCGGCCUUGUGCUCAGGCGCUCGCGGCGCCAACGGACGUCUAGGCCUUUCUAGACAAGCAAUGUCUGACGGGAGGGACCCCUCGAAGGCGCAGAGCCGGUCGGACGAAGCCGAGGCCGAACGAGGGAAACGAGGAAGCGAAGAGACUCUGGGCGACGAGAGAGCCAGGAGACUAAGAGGUACGCCGACAUCCAUGAGUGUAGCCUGGAACGCCUCUCGUGAAGAGCUGCGAAGAACAGGAGGAGAACCGCAGGACCGCAGAGGGCAAGAGGAGAGACGAUCUGAAGACCUGACGCAUGUAACUGGGUACGCGACGGGAGUGAGCGAGGCUUCCGCCCUUCGUGACGACCUUGCUUGUAACGUCAACGACGACCUCCUCAAUUUCCUUCAGUGAAAACGAACCUUCAUGAGUCGCACUGCGGCGUAGAUUGCCCUCUGUGUGGUUUUAUGCUGUCGAUCUAGAACGGGAGGUGUCUAUACGGUGGAGGUGGAGGAACUGCGUCUGGUGGCGUCGCCACAGCGCGCCUGGCAGCGAGGAAGUAAAAUGCGCGGGGCAACGUUGGAAAGCGAAACUGGGAAGAAGUUUUGUUUUCCGCGCCACACAAAACAAAGGAGAGACACAUCUCGGGUGAGUUGUCGACAAAGAAGUACGUUUCGAGACAGAACCCAUUGGAGAGGAGGUGUCAGAGAGGGGCGGCUCAGCAAGGAGACGCCUGUUUUUGCUCGCCUCUCUCCUCCGGCUGAGUUGUGGUGAUGGCGAUCCGUCAUCACACGUACUGUGCUGUACGGUGAGGAGUGCGUUGUUUCAAAGAGUUUUGAACUGGGAAGCAAACCCACCUCAGCAGGAGGUUGCCGUUCCACUCCCCUCUGAGAUGUUUUCAACUUCGGUUCUCGGCACCGGCGAGAAACCAACCUUUUUGGCAUUUUGAAAACUGCAUGCAAAUCGUGUGUCGCACGUGUGUGUGGAAAGGCACCUGUGGCACCGAGGCUACUGCGAGUAACUUCAGUUUCGAGAAGAGUCCUGCGUGUUCUUCCCCGUCGAUGUGCAGGACGGUGGACCCGCACCUCUCGAAAAAAAACAGGCUCGAGCAAGUGACGCUUUCCUGGUGUCGCUCCUAUGCACUGAAGACAGAAGAGAACUCGACGGCAGGAGGCCGCUGCCUCGACGAAAGAUAUUACGUCUCUGCCAAACGGCGGCAAGAAGUGACAUUGUUGAACACCCUGCCUCUUCAAAGAUGCUCCUGAAGGCCUCGAAUCCA